CACGCGCUUGCAUGUCCAUUAAAUAUUUUUUGUAUUAGACUAACCUUGUUUACGGGCUGAUUUACCCAUUUCCGCUUGAAUUGUCAAACUUAAUUUAUUCAAUACAUGUUUCCAUCAACCCGCCACACACAUACCAUUACAUAACAAACCAUUACUUUCACAAAUUGAACCACCCUAUUGCACAUAAUUAAUUUCCCCGCAACUAAAUUCAAUUAGUAAAUAAAAAAAUAUAACAACACAGACAAUCAACAAUUUCUCCGGCAAAUAUUAAUGUAAUUCAUCCCGCUUAAAAUUCAUAUCUGCAUUACAGAUAUUAACUGUCCUACAUCAUACGGGUUGUUUCAACAUGAGCAAAUCAGACGAAGACAUGAUUAACCUGGACAGCGACAGCGACAUGUCGACUGCCUCCACCCUAUGCUGCUGGGGUUGUUGCAACGCGCCAAGUUCGCCAACAGCAGCGGCCUCCAAACAGCUUUGUGAUGAGGACUGCAUCAAGCACUUCCAGGGAGGCACAACUGUUGGAAAUUCACUCGUUAGGGCAGAGGCUGCGCUGGAAAAACUCUACGUUUCCUACAAUGACUUGAACACUGAAUACAAAGACGCGCAGGCUGUUCUGCGAGAAAACAGUCAGGAGACAGACUGGCUGGAAAAUGCUCGAAGAAGGAUCAGCAUGAGGAUCGAACGCCUCGUGAGGAUGCGUCCCAAGAUUGAACAACGGGUGAAGGACGCAUCCAAGGCAGUUGUCGAGUUCGAGCAACGCCUCACCGAGUUUACGAAGCCUGCUCAAGACCUGUCCUCCGCGAGAAAAUGAUCGACAACUUUUUUGUAGUUGAUUUUUUGCGGGAUGUUUUUUUUAUUGAAAUCUUUCGGC